AUGGACAAUGCUUUUGCACGGGGCACGGUUGCAACGCCUUUCCUGAGCAACAUCAAAAGGCACCACGCGUCUUUGCAGCAUCAGCGCGCUUUGAAGGUCAUUGGCUUCACCAACUCUCAGCAGGCAGACAAGGAUUGCCCUGGGCUGGAUGUGUUCAAACAGGCGCUGGACCACAGGCUGAACAAAUGCUCGCUGAGGCAAGGGAUUGGCGGCGAGAACCCCUGUGGACGAGAGAAGUUGUCUCGCUUGCAGUGGUGCUUGGCUGAGUCCGACCGGGAGAUUUCCCGCGACUUCAUCCGGCGUGCCUCCGCCAUAGCAAUAGCGCAGGAUGGUCGCCAGAACCGGUUGCUGAUGCGUUUCUCCGCCUGCGCCCCAAACCUGGAGAUCAAGAAGGGCAUCCUGGGCGCCCAAGAAGUUAUCGGCGAGACCAUCUCCAACGUGGUUGUGGCAAUGGAACGUGUCAUUGAACGCUUUGCCACGCCCGGAUGGGGCGGCCCAUGCGCUCAAGAGAUGGACUCUUCCCUGCGCGAACACCUCCGGAACUCGGUGACGAUCUUUGUGGCGGAUGCUGCCAGCAAUGAGCAGGGCGCAGGGCGAGUGAGCAAGAGUUUCUUCCCAAACCUGGUUUCGAUUCAAAGAGACAGGGCUCACGCUUGUACCAGGGUGCUGAAAAGGCCAUGGGACGCCGUGGCCGAAAUCAAAGACACCAUGAACAGGUACAUCAUGGGUUCGAACUCAAUCUGCCAGAAGAUCCACUUCUCGCAGACGCUGCAGGGCGUAUUCAGCCGGUUUGCUGUGGCAUGCGAAAAGAACGGCGGCAAUGGCAGGCGUAUUAAGCAUCUCCAAGCUGCAAAGCACCGGUUUGCAUCAUGCUCGCUGCCAUUACAAAGAACAGUGAUCUACAUCGAUGCUCUGAUCUCGACUCUGGUCUGGGUUGCGACCCAGCGCGACGGCGACGAUGCCAAAGCUGCGUUUGAGUACCUGGACGCCAUGAGCGAGCGGCACCUCAUCCUGAUCAGCAUGCUCGCUGACAUUAGCGACGAAUGCAGCGGCUUGCUCAGGCUAGUGGACACUGAGAGCUAUGACCUGUCAGUACGUCAGCAGGCUAAGACGAUCGGGGGUCGUGGCCGGGUCAGUCCGGAGCUUUUGCUGGCCUGCACUGAACAGUGCCAAGCAUUUCUCGUUCUCGCCACCAACACGCUGAAAGCUGAGUUCCCAGAGCAUGAUAUUCUGACAUCGUUCCGGGUUUUUGAUGUUGUCAAGAAGCGUGGUGUGGAACGAGACGAAGCGCGCCACAUUGCCUUCAAGGAUCGGUCUUUGCAGCGGAUGGCUCAGGUAUUCCAAGUGGACGCAGUUGCACUCCGGUCGCAGUUUGACGAGGUCGAGCCCAUCGCGAUGUAUGAGGCAACCACUUGCCGCACAUGCAGCUUUACAGCUUGGCAAACUGCGCUGCAGAGAAUACGUGCGCGGACUGCUGGUCGACGUCAAAAAGACCACCUCCAAGCCUUGUUCAAGGUAGUGUCUUUUUACGGAGCAUGGAACGGAUUGAGCACCUCGGGCGUCGAGCAAUCAUUCAGCAUUCUGCAGGAGGGCAUCAGCAAGCACAUGAGUGAGGCUACACAAAGCGACGAGCAGCAGCUGCUGCUGCUGUCCAAGACCGACACGCCCCAUGACCAGCUUUGCGCAAGAGCGGCCAAAGGAAUCUGGUCAGAGUCGAUGGCGAACGAGCUGACCUUUCAGAAAACAAAACAAUAUGAAAGCCGCGUGCAGAGCUACCUUGAGAACGCGCUGUUAGAGGACGAGGUUGAGCCGGACCUCGUUGAUGUGGCACUGGCCGUUCGGAAGGAAGCUCGGAGUGCCAACUUGCUGCUGCCCAAGAAUGUUGACGGCUUCAAGACGUGCAUGGGGCUGCGCGUGACAGAGCGCGACGAGGAGGUGUUCGUUGCUGCAACUCUUUUGGGUGGCAUGCUGGCCAACAAGCAGUACUCUGACAGCAAGGGGGAAAAGGGCAUCGCGCUGCACUUUGCGCCUGCCAUCCACGUUUUGCGCAAGGUGUUUGUCAGCCCGGCGUUUGAGCGUGAGAAGCCUGCCAUUGCUAAUUGCUCUAAGCGAGCGGGCCCCGCACCACGCUUCUUGGCAGCCAUGUCGCCGAAGAAGCAGCCGAAGAACAAGGCGAAGGCAGCAGCGGCAGCCGCGGUGCCCGCUGCCGACGAUGCGCCAGCCGCCGCGGAUCCUGGUCCUGGCGAGGUGGCUGAUGUGAAUCGGGCGCACUAUGCGCAGCUGGAAAUUGCUUUGCAGCGCAUCAUGGAGCGCCCGCUCUUCAGCAACAUCAUGCAUGAGGAGCCCAUCGGCAUCAAUCAGAACGCGGCAUCCCACUCGGCUGGCCACAAGGACGAGCGAGGACAAACCUACCGCCUUGUCCUGCACUCCUUUCGCGCCAGGUUCGACAAGCCGAUCAUUGUUGCGGUGGGCGCGAACUUGGAGCUCAGCCGUGGGAACUUGCGCCGCGUGAGCCCGGAAGAGGUGGAGCACGCCUACCUGUUUGCGCUGGCAGCCGCCAUUGAGCGCGAAGAACCUGAGCAUGUCAACCUCCGCAACAAGAUCAUCGAUGACUAUGAUGCUCUUGUCCGAACAGCAAGCCAAAGAACUUACGAGCUCAUGACCUACAAGGCCGCCCAGGAGUCAGCGGCGAAGAAGAUGACAGCAGAGGAGCUGUACGAAGCAUGGUCGCAGCAGGUGUCGGAGUCCAAGUCGGCCCUUGCAGAGAACGUCACUUUGAACUUCGUUCAAACGGCGAUCCGGGUGUAUGACAGGGUCCUCUCGGUGCCGAAUUUGCGGGACAUGGUGUUCGUGAUGGACAACAGGCUCGGCAAGGCGUCGCCCACUUCGCAAAUGUGGACCCUUGCCAAGAUCCUUGAGAAGACCAAGAACCCGGACCAGAUCGCUUGGGCUCUGGCGACGAUGGAUGACCUCAUGAUUUUCCUCGAUUGCUUGCCGAACGGUGGAGCACCUCGGCAGAAGGGGCUGGUGGACUUGUGGGUCCUGAAGAUGGAUCUGAAGGACUACUUCCUGGGCCCCUUCCUCGGCAAGUUGCAGCUGCCAGAGGCUGACACUGCCAUGAUGGCCAGGCGGAAUGAAAAGUCCAUCCUGGGCACGGUGCGCGAGAGCACGCGAAAGAUGGUGAGCAUCCUGGAGAACUUUGUUGCAGAGGUGAUCAGCCAGGUGAAGUUCCUGUCGGAAGCGAUCGAGGAAGUCAGCAUCACGAACAAGGACCAUCCCAUGGCCACAUCUUCCAAAGAGCCGGGAAGCGCUCAUGAGGACGUCAAUCAGGGCAAAUCCUUGACGUUGAAGGACUUGUGCACGGCGCAGCAGCUGGAGACUGUCGAUGACGAAGGCAAGCUGGACGACUGGCUGACCUUUCUGCUCAACAAGUUUGAGUCAUUCUGCACUUUGGUGGUGGAUCAUGACAGCAAAGAUGACUUGAUCAAGGUCCUGGAGCAGACUGUGCUGAAAAAGGUGAGCGGGCCAUGCAUGCUGCUCUACGACUCGAAGGUUGCUGGAGAGGCGUCAUCGAAUCCGAACAUUCGUUUGCCACCCUUCCAGCAGAGGCAUUUCCGCCGCAUGCUGCAAGCAUUCACGGCAGUGCGGGGACCUGGCGACCAGGAGAAUGCCCAGGAGGGGGAUUUGAAGAAGACGGGCCUCGUCAUCUACAUGGAUGGAGGGCGGAGUGGCAACGACACGUCGGUGUCACAAGCCUUUGUUGACUCGACGGGCCGCUCGAUGAACAAAUGCAGACAGUGCUUCACAAUCUGCUACGACGAAGAAAGCCUCGUCGACAGGCGCGAAAAAGUUCGCGGGUUCGUGAACCAAACCGAGUCCAUGAUGUGCUACACCCUUGAGGGGUUAGAGAUUGAGAAGGUUGCGCGGAAGCACUACAGCGGGACGAAUCACGGCAGCCACAUCGGUCCAGUUCGCGCGCUGCCUUACACCGCCCGGUCAACGAGCCAAAGCCCGCACUUCCUGAGGGGCUUGAACCGGCCACCUGGCAGCAACCCAGUCUUCCUGGCUGAGGUGCUGCGCAGCUUCAAGCCCGCAUGCGUCUUCCGAGCUCCUGAUGUUGACCACUUGCUCAUCAUGGAGUGCAUCAAGCGCAAGGUUCCUAUCAUCAGCGUGUGCUUUACCUCGCAGCACGCAGACCUGCUGAAGGCGAAGGUGCUGAAAAGCUUGUGGGACGCCUUCCAGAAUGACGAUAUCCCAGAGCUGUAUGAGGCGACGGUCGCGGUCGAUGAUGCAGAGACUGAGAAAGAGAAAGCGGGCGGUGAUGGCGGCGAUGACGACACCAAGCAGAAGGCUCCAGCCAAGAAGCAGAACACUGCUGACAUGGAUGACAUUGACGACAACGAUGCUGGCUUCGCUGCUCAAGCCAAGCCCAAACCAUCCCGGAAGGUUCAGAAGGUUCAGAAGGUGCAGAAGGCGGUGUUGAAGCGGCCUGCGACUGCAGCUUCCAGCCAAACACCUGCUCGUCGUCCUCCGAAGGCUGUCCCCUCACAAAACGCUGCUGCUGCCAUCUUGCAGAUGAUUGCAGCAUGGAGCCUCAACAUGGUCAUCGAGACGUGCGAGCACAAACAUAACGGCGUUACUGUUGCCAGCGCACGCAGUGGCUGGUGCAGCGAACUCAUCGCCUUGACGCGGCUCGGAGUCCGCCACACGUGCUGCUUCGCGUGCGACAUCUGCCGUAAAGCCAAGGCUUUGAGCACCCGUACGUACCAGCGCCACAAAUGGUUUGACAAUGUGAUGGAUGAGAGCUUCUUGCGAGCCCCGACAGUCGACUUUUUCUUCAGCGGCUUUCCUUGCCAAAGCUUUAGUACUGCCGGGUUGGGCAAAGGCAUUGCCGACUUGCGGGGCAUCGUAGUUUUCUACGUUCUUCACUACAUCUACCGCGCCAAGCCAAAGUGUUUUUUGCUGGAGAAUGUUGAGGGGCUGCUCACAAACCGCAAGCCCAUCCUAGUGCUGAUCUUGGAGGUCAUUAUGGAAAUGAAAGAUGCAGCUGGCGUGUCCUGGAAAGCGUUGGACACCAGCCAAUACAGCGGCUUGCCGCACCAUCGCGUCCGGGUCUUCAUUGCCGGCGUCCUGGCCAAGUCGCAGAAAUCAGACAUGAAAUGGCCAGACCCCAUCCCCAUGCGCCCGCUGAACGACUUCUUGGAAAAGAAACAGCCCGAAGUUGCCUUGGGCGGUUUGGCUCCAGGGUACUACAACCAUGUGAAAACGGCACUUACAAGGGUCAUCAACCAGGGAGACGACCCUUUCAAGAACCAGUACGUUGUGGACAUAUCAUGCAGUCAGAAGCGGCAGGCAUUUCAUGAAAGGAGUGUCACCUUGCCUGACCAAAAACCGUGCAGCGUCCAAAGGGCAUUGGCUGACAAAAGAGUCACGUUGGAUGACAAGGAAUGA